AUGACUGCAGAAAUUUAUGAAGAAAAUGUCAUACAACCUAUUAUUCAACUUUUGCGAAAUGAAUUCGGUAACAACUUCAUUUUUAUGGAUGAUAAUGCAAGGCCACAUAGAGCGAUAAGGGUACAGCGGGCUCUAGAAAGGGGCCAAAUAGUGAGAUUGCCGUGGCCUGCGAACAGCCCAGACAUGAACCCCAUUGAAAAAAUUUGGGACACUAUCGCUCGAGCCCUACGGAACAGAAUAGAUCCAGCUACAACCCUAAAUGAGCUGGCUGCAGCAGUAAAUGAAGAGUGGAAUAAUUUACCCCAAGAAAACAUUAACCACCGAAUAAUAGGAAUGCUAAGGCGUGUUAACGCACCGCUAAGAUCUAGAGGACACCAAACUGGUUAUUAA